AAUUUUUGCGUUCGCACUCUUAUUCCGUGUUUUGUGUUGUUUUUCCCCAGCCAGCCUACCAACAAAUCGAUAUGGCAGCUUACACCGAGGAUCAGUUGGCUGAGUUCCAGGAGGCCUUCAAUCUGUUUGACAAUCGCGGCGAUGGCAAAAUUCAGCUGGCCCAAGUGGGCGAAUGCCUGCGGGCCCUCGGCCAGAAUCCCACCGAGUCGGACGUGAAGAAGUGCACGCACCAGCUGAAGCCAGACGAGCGCAUCUCGUUCGAAGUGUUUCUGCCCAUCUACCAGGCCAUAUCGAAGGCCCGCUCCGGGGACACGGCCGAUGACUUCAUCGAGGGGCUGCGUCACUUUGACAAGGACGCCAGUGGCUACAUCUCGUCCGCCGAGCUGCGCCAUCUCCUGACCACGCUGGGCGAGAAGCUCACCGACGAGGAGGUGGAACAGUUGCUGGCCAACAUGGAGGACCAGCAGGGCAACAUCAACUACGAGGAGUUUGUCCGCAUGGUCAUGAGCGGCUAGGGCUUGGCAGGGUCCCAUCCCCAAAAACCUCGACGAGAACAAGAAGCAUCCACACAAAACAAAACAAAAAAACAGUAGCAACAAUAACACUAUACACCUGCCAAUCUGUCGGCUAUCGCAGCCGAUAGCCGACAUGUAGUUCAUUCCGCCAGAAUAUUAAACUCCGAAAUUCCAAUUUUCGUAUUCCUAUGCCCCAUGUCCUUUGUCCAUCAAAGGACUAUCAGAAUUAAUAUUCCAACGAAAGACAAAACAACUGAACACAACGACCAACGAUGGAACCAGAGCGAGAGAGAGAGAGAGAGAGAGAGUUGGAGCAGCAGGCAGGAGACCAGGGCAGCUCUACCGCCCCGCCCCGCCCCAAAACAGAACUAACCAUCGACGUAGCAGAGCAACACACAGACACACUACACUCUUGAAUAACGAUUAAUCAAUCCAGUAGACAUCAUAAUGGCCGCAGGAAUAACUUGUGCGUAUUAUUCUGAAGAAAUAAGAGAAAUUUGAACAGUAAUUAAACCCGA